AUGAAAUUAAUAUCAAUCCAUGUUAUCCAAACAAUAUUGUUAAUGACACAGAUGAUAAAUUCAUACGUACUACAUGGGACUUCUGAUAUACCAAAUGCUAGUGAAAUGACAAGACAAAAAAAUUUGAUUCCGAAUAAAGUCAAAAAAUCGGUAGUUGUAAAGGAGAAAAGUGACCUCUGGGACUUAGGGAUCAUUCAUUACGAAAUAGAUGAUAUUUUUACUGACUUCCAACGUAGGAUAAUAAAACAAGGUAUGCGCAUGUGGGAAGAGUCCAGUUGCAUUCAAUUUGUCGAAAGAAAUUCGGAUGUCCAUCAAGAUUAUGUCGCCUUUACUAAAUUGGAUUGCGGAUGUUGUUAUAUCGAAAACGAGCCAAGAAACAAAGGUCGCAAUGAAUUGAGUUUAGCUGAUGGAUGUGAAGAAAUAAAUAUUGUUCUUCAUGAAUUGGGACACAUUUUGGGUUUUUACCAUGAACACCAACAUCCGGACCGCGACCAGUACAUUGAAAUCCUAUUUAUGAAUAUUGAGCCAGGGUAUCGAACAGAAUUUGGGCGGUACUCACGAGCGGAGGUUGAUACUUUAGGAUUGCCCUAUGAUUACCAUUCUACGAUGCAUUUUUCAAAGAAUGUCUUUGCAUACUUCAAUUUUUUGACUACGAUAGUUAUGAAACAAAGUGUCGACGGGAAAAUACCAAAUAUUGGCAAUAAAAAAGUUCUCAGUGGCGGAGACAUUGAAGCUGUCAAUAUUCUAUAUAACUGUCCAAUAUGUGGAGGUACUGUCUACGACAAAUACGGGAUUAUCGAAUCGCCACCUUACUUAGAGGCUAAUUUUCCAACGGGCAUAAUUCAUUGCGAAUGGAAAGUAGUUGCAGCGAAAGGAGAAAAAAUACUUUUGGAGCUUUCGACAUCAAAUAUUUUUAAAUCUUUCAAUUGUACUUCAGAUUAUCUCGAAAUCCGAAAGGGUUACCAGAGUAAUACUACUUUAUUAGGUCGGUACUGUGGGACACAUGAAACUAUAAUUACACAUCUAGUUGACCAUUACGCAGUAGUAACAUACAUAAGGUCGACUAAUUUAAACGAACCUAAUAUUGGUUUUAGAAUUAAUUACGCAGUAAUAUGUGGAAUAGGUACUGUGAUACCUAUAAAUGAAUUUAAAAGCUAUGAUUUGAAGUCACCAAACUACCCAGAUGCUUAUGAACCAUUCAGCAAUUGUCUGUGGGAAUUCAAAGCGCCUGAUAAUUACAAGAUAAAAGUUGAAUUCAAUUUCUUCGCUAUAGAAACCAGUCCUGAUUGUAAAAGCGACUUCGUUCAGAUAGAAGAUGCUACUAAACACGAAAUGCCCGUCAUCGGACGUUACUGUGGCAAUCAAAAUCCUGGAGAAGUUGAUACUGGCGUUAAUAAUAUUUUUAUUAAAUUUUCUAGCAACAAUAACAACGUCGGCGUCGGCUUUCAAGCUGACAUUUCUGUUGAAUCAAUUGAUUUUUGA